AUGGAAAGAAAAGUAAAGACAUGCAUAUGCAUGUGCAGUGAGUGUUUCCCAAUACGUGUAUAGGCUCUGCCAAAAAGGAAGACGAAGCAUACUUUCAGUUUCAGCCACACAAGAAGGGAGGAGAGAAAAGCCAUGGCUGACAAGGUCCUGAAGGAGAAGAGAAAGCUGUUUAUCCAUUCCACGGGUGAAGGAACAAUAAAUGGCUUACUGGAUGAAUUAUUACAGACAAGCGUGCUGAACCAGGAAGAGAUGGAGAAAGUAAAACGUGAAAAUGCUACAGUUAUGGAUAAGGCCCGAGCUGUGAUUGACUCUGUUAUUCACAAAGGGGCACAGGCAUCCCAAAUUUUCAUUACAUACAUUUGUGAAGAAGACAGGUACCUGGCAGGGACACUGGGACUUUCAGCAGAUCAAACAUCUGGAAAUUCCCUUAAUAUGCAAGACUAUCAAGGAGUACUUUCUUCCUUUCCAGCUUCUCAGGCAAUGCAGGACAACCCAGCUAUGCCCACAUCCUCAGGCUCAAAAGGGAAUGUCAAGCUUUGCUCCCAAGAAGAAGCUCAAAGGAUAUGGAAAGAAAAGCCGGCAGAGAUUUAUCCAAUAAUGGUCAAGUCAGGCCGCACACGUCUUGCUCUCAUUAUCUGCAAUGAAGAAUUUGACACUCUUUCUAGAAGAACUGGAGCUGAGGUUGACAUCACAGGCAUGACAAUGCUGCUACAAAAUCUGGGGUACAGCGUAGAUGUGAAAAAAAAUCUCACAGCUUCGGAAAUGACUACGGAGCUGGUGGCAUUUGCACACCGCCCAGAGCACAAGACCUCUGACAGCACGUUCCUGGUGUUCAUGUCUCAUGGUAUUCAGGAAGGCAUAUGUGGGAAGAAAUACUCUGAGCAAGUCCCAGAUGUAUUACAACUCAAUGCAAUCUUUACAACGUUGAAUACCAGGAACUGCCCAAGUUUGAAGGACAAACCGAAGGUGAUCAUCAUCCAGGCCUGCCGUGGUGAGAACCAUGGUGUGGUGUGGUUAAAAGAUUCAGCAGGAGUUUCUGGAAACAUAUCUUUACCAACUACAGAAGAGUUUGAGGAUGAUGCUAUUAAGAAAGCCCACAUAGAGAAGGAUUUUAUUGCUUUCUGCUCUUCCACACCAGAUAAUGUUUCUUGGAGACAUCCCACAAAGGGCUCUGUUUUUAUUAUAAGACUCAUUGAACAUAUACAAGAAUAUGCUUGUUCCUGUGAUGUGGAGGAAAUUUUCCGCAAGGUUCGACUUUCAUUUGAGCAGCCAGGUGGUAGAGUGCAGAUGCCCACCACUGAAAGAGUGACUUUGACAAGAUGUUUCUACCUCUUCCCAGGACAUUAAAAUAAGGAAACUGUAUGAAUGUCUGUGGGCAGGAAGUGAAGAGAUCCUUCUGUAAAGGUUUUUGGAAUUAUGUCUGCUGAAUAAUAAACUUUUUUUGAGCUAAUAAAUCUGUUAGAAAAAUGAAAA